AGUAGAGAAGAGGAAGAACGAUAACGACGAGAAAAAAGUAGUGUAAAAAGGGAGGAAUAUGUGUGAGAGAAAAAUGAAAGGAAGAAAGGCAAACAAAAGGUGACAAACUUAAAAAUCACUGGAGUGGGAACGAAGGGGAGAUGACGUACGAGGAGGAGGAAGAGUGAAAAAAGCAAUUAUAAGUAAAAGAAGGAGGGAAUAAAAUAAAAGAGUAAGAGUGAAAGAAAGAAUGAGAGCAGGAAAGGAAAACAAAAAGUGAGAGAGAGAGGUGAUAAUGGGAGGGAGGAUGAAGGCGAAAUGAAAGACAACAACGGCUGGGAAAAGAAGAGAAGAAAAGAUGGAGGAAUAAGUAAAAGGAAAAAGAAAUAAGAAGCAAAUAAAGAAAAGUGAGGGUUAAGAGAAGAAGCAAAAAAUUGCAACAGCUCAUAUUAUUGAAAGAAAAAAAAAAAAGGUAGGGACGAAAACGAGAUAAAGAGGAUCUACCCAGCGUACUGUGCGCCGACAACCCAAUUUAUCGUGGUGCUUUCGCCUGCAGUUACACAUGAUGGCUAGUGCAGAACAAACACCACCUAGCAGGCACGAGAAAAGUCUCGGUCUUCUUACCUCGAAGUUUGUGUCUCUGUUGCAAGACACUGAAGAUGGAGUACUUGACCUAAGAGUGGCUGCAGACACAUUGGCUGUACGACAGAAACGACGGAUAUACGACAUCACAAAUGUUUUAGAAGGAAUCGGGUUAAUAGAAAAGAAAUCAAAAAACAGUAUCCAGUGGAAAGGAGCAGGUCCAGGCUGCACUUCCAAGGAAAUAUCCAAUCGGCUUUCAAUUUUAAAGAACGAAACUUCCAGGUUGGACCAGCAGGAGAAGGCCCUCGACUCUCAUAAGAGCUGUAUACAACAAAGUAUUAAAAAUAUCACUGAAGAAGCAUCCAACAAUACCAAGAUGGCCUAUGUAAGUUAUGAAGAUGUUUGUAGUGUUUUUCCUGGGAGUAUCUUGUUAUCUGUACAGGCACCAUCAGGGACACAACUUGGAGUACCACUGCCAGAAAUAGGCCCAGGUGUCUUAAGGAAGUACCAAAUCCAUUUGAAGAGUACGUCUGGUCCCAUCAAUGUAAUGCUGGUGAAUAAAGAUACAGACACUUCAAUUCCUGAAGUUGUCCAAGUUCCACCAUACCAUGAUGAUAAGAAGAUGGAGAUAUCCCAGAAACAGAUGUUGAUACCUGCUGUCAACAGUGUGAAGUCUCCCUUAAAGACUCCACACAAACAGCUAAGAAAGAAAUCUCCUCUGAAAACACCUCUUUCACCUGUGAACCGAAUGACCACACGAUCAUCACCACGCAAAAUGUCUCAACCCUAUACGAAUAUAUUACCUCAUACCAACAAUCAAUUCACCAGUUCCAACAUUACUGAUAAUCUCACAAAUGAUCUACUUUUCAACAGUACAAAACCUUCAUUUAGUGGUAAAGAAUUUAUUGAUGAUCUUGGCUUCAUCUCAGCUGACGGCUUGGAACCGUUGUUGCAUCUAAGUCCUCCACCUAGUGAGAGGGAUUACCAUUUCCAUUUGGAUGAUAGUGAAGGCGUCUGUGAUUUCUUCGAUGUUCCUCUACUACCCCCCCAUGCUACUGCUGCAUCUUCAGCCACCCCCUUCUACUGAUACCUCAGGCAUUUGUCUCUUCUCUUCACCUCUUAAAACAUAUCUUCAACAGCCACUUAUGCCUACUAUUACUACUACUACUACUACCACCACCAUCACCUCCACCACUAUUCUCACUGUCGUCAUCACAGUUAUCACACCAUUCCAUAUAAAUGUUCAUUCCUAUUUUUAUAAAUAGGUUUGUAUGCUCCUCCUCUUCACUAUUUCAAUAUCCCUUUUCCAAUGGUAGGUAUAGAGUGGAGAUAGUAAUGGUGAAAAGUGGUUCUUCAACACACACAUACACACACACAAAUGAAAAGGGAUCUUAUAAUAGACAUUGUCAAGAUGUCUUUAUCAUUGUCCUCAUCCAAGGGAACCAUACUACUCACUCUCAGGGUUUAAAAUACUACAUAGAUCACAAAAUAUUCCACCUAUGUCAUCACAGUUUUAAUUAUUCAUUUUACUUUUUCUUUAUCUUUCAUUUAUUUUACCUUUAAUUGUUAUUUCUAAGUGUGGCAGAUUGGUAGAAUUACUAAAGCAUCACAUUAAAUGCCUUGCAGCCUUUUUCAUGUUCUGAGUUCAAAUAUUGCUAAAAGUCAACAUUGCCUUUCAUCCUUCGAGGAUCAAUGAAAUAUAGAAUGAGUGAAGUAUGGUGCUGCUUAUGUUAGAAAUUAUUCGAGAAACAUUUCAAGUCCUAUUAUUACUCAGAACUUAAUACUACUAAUUAAUUAUUGGUUUCAAAUACUGGCACAAGGCCAGCAAGUUUGGAGGAGUAGGCAAAUCAAUUACAUCAGGCCCCCAGUUCUUGAUUGGUACUUAUUGACCCUGGUAAGAUGAAAGGCAAAGUUGUUCCUUAAUGGAAUUUGACCUCAGAAUGUAGAGACAGGCGAAAUGUUGCUAAGCAUUUUGCCCUGCAUGACUGCUAAUGCAUAAUUACUAACUACUAUAUAUAUAUAUAUAUAUAUAUAUACAUACAUACAUACACAUGUAUAUCACUUGUAAAACAUACGCACCCAUGUGGUUAAAAAGUUUGCUCCAAUUAACCUUAACCACUAUGUAAUGGAGGUUUUAAUGUAAUUUCAGUAAAAAUGUUCAGUGUAUCUUUGGUUUUGAAAAUAGGAACACUUUAUCCCAGAGUGUUGUAAAAAGUGAUUAAAACGGUUUGUAUCUGAAAGGACAUCUGGCCAGAAAACACUACCUCAAAAAAUAUCCCUUCCUAACUGUUCUAGAAUGGAAAACAUGGAUGU